ACUGUACAAAGAAAGAGUUACAUUAUAUCGUAGACAUUUGGUGUUACUUAUUCUUGUGUCAUGCACAAUGAUGAUUAGUGAACUCAUAUUUCAACAGGCAAUAUUUAAUGCCUUUUUUCAUGAAAUAAUCACUUACAAUUUGAAAAUUACACUGCUAAAAACUCACUCAACAAACAAAUCAAUAAUCAUUAAGUUACACCAUUUGCACUUAGCGUUAAAGCUGAGUCUUUAUUGGAGAAGGGCAGAGCAACACAGUGGGCACCAGACCAGAGCAGAACAGAAACUGUCUUCUUAUACAUAACCAGAACAAAUCACUUCUUUUCCUAAUGUAAAGCAUUAUGUUGCAAUACACCUUUUUGUUUGACCUAACACGCACUAAUCUGCUAUUCCAGUCUCUUGAUUUUCAAAUUCCAUUGCUGGAAACCUCCAGAUUCAGGCAUUCCAAUAAUAAAAAAGCAAGAUGUCCGUUACAAAUCUCAGCUUUUUACUUAAACAUCAAUUGCAUUGUUGGGAUAACAUUUUGUUUGACUGCGGUUGCGUGAUGUAUGUGUAAAUGUGCCCAUACACAUCUCUGUUGUGACUUGUGGAACUUGAUGAGCUGGUUUUGGUCAUGGCCCUUCACUAAAUGGGAGGGGGCAGAGGAUGGACUGGGGAGGGAUUUGACGAGCUGUGAAGAAGCCAAAAGGAUAUAAAGGAGGUGUGGAAAACAGUGAUAAUAAGAGUGCGAGAAAUAGGAGUUCCAUAGCAGAAAUCAUAUACGUUUCAUUUAUGUUCAUCGACUUCGGAGUGUUGCGCCCACACCUGUACCAGCAAUGGAUUCGUUUAAGACUCUACUCAAGUUCCUCACCAAUCAGAAGUCCUCUAUCGGGUACUGCUUCAUGGCUGCUGUGACAAUAGGUAGUGAACGAAUUUUUGCCGUGGUGUCUUUCCAUUGUCCAUGCAACCGUAGUCAGAAUUUUGCCUAUGGAUUAACUUUUCUGCUUGGCCCUGCUGUUGUCUUGCUGAUGAUUGGUCUCUUUGUUUGCACACGUCUUUGGCGGUUAUAUACAGGGUGUUGUCUCAACCCUUCCAAACUCUGCCCCAGGGGUAACUUCAUGGGAUGCACAAAAGUGAUUGUAAAAGUGCUGUCUGGAGCCUGCAUGGCCCCUGUCAUGUGGCUUAGUGUAGCACUGUUAAAUGGAACUUUUUAUGAGUGUGCUGUUAGUGGCCUGGAUGAAAAUGUGGUGGUGCAAAUUAUCUGCAAAAACAAGACCCGUAUAUGCCAGGACGAGUUGCCCAGAGUGCCCUGCAGCAAGUCCCAGCUUCCUGAGAAAGAAAACACGGAACUGCUGUUGAUGUUGAGAGCCCAGUCACAGAUCCUCGGCUGGUCCAUCAUUAUCAUAUCGGCAACAGUUUUGCUAAUUGGGAAUUGCUUUAAAAACUGUCGCUCUCAAGUAAGCUACCUUCAGUUAACUUUCCAGAAGAUCUACAUGGAGAAGGAAAAGGAACAGUUUGAGUUGUUUGCAGAAAACUAUGCUACCAAACUGGCAGAGAGAAACCUCAAGAGUUUCUUCGACAACAAAAGUCCCGAACCUUUUCCCUUACCAAAUCACAAGGCCUGGAAGGAGAUCUCUACUAUAUACACUUUUAAGAAAUACGAACAAUACUACAGCACACUGCAGAGAUAUGUAGAGUGCACUUAUCUUGACAGCCCUGAGAAGCAACUUUUUAUGGAGGGGGAAGAUGGCAAAGAGGUGGUAUAGAACACUACAUGGACUGGUAACUUUAGAGAGAACAUUUUUAAGUUGACCUGGAAGACAAAAAGCCACUGUGAAUCAAGACAGAAUUACAUUUUUGUUUGGUAGCUAUACCUGUUCUGACAGUUUUUGGAAAUGUUGUUUUACCCAUUGAGGAAGUGGUCGUAGUACUAUUCAAACUUUGUGUAAUUUAAUACUUUUAUAUCAGUAAACCAACACAGGCCUCAAGCCCUAGGGGUUUCACACAUUUGAGCGACACUUUUAGUAACAACAUCCAAUUUGGAUAGCAUACUACUAAAAAUGUCAAAAAAUGAAUCACAUUCUCAGGGCAAUUGUCAUUUAGCCCUUGUGCUAGGGCUGGACGAUUAAUCAAAAAGUAAUCGAAACCGAAAUUUAGAACCUCUAACCGACGUAAUUUUUCCAUGUCGGUUAUUUCGAUUAUUUCCUGUUAAUACUUCCCCCUUAAAAGCGCGUGUAGCCACAUGAUUCUGCCAGUCAGUGGCAUAAAAGCAAAACACGGAGGUGAACGCCGGUUCAACACAUAGUGAUGGUGCGCGAGCGAUGAGCCUUGAGUCUUUGUCAGUUGUAUUUGUUUCAUGGUUUGGACGUUCAAGCAAUUAGACGAUGGGAUGUGUAUUAUUAUAUAGAGCUACCAUGUUCACGCAGCUGCAUAGCUAUGAAGAUCGUGCGCACGGAGGAAUGCAGAUGUCAGCGCUGUCCUGUGAUUUAUCACUAAAGUAUCUUCGAAUCUCAAAACCUAUUAUAACAUAUUUUUCUACAUUUGAAGGAACUAGGCUAUUUACAACCCCCAGCUUCACAAAAAAUAUAACAGUCAGAGACGGUAUGACUAAUUCAAACACGCAAUCACUCGUACUGGUACUGUUUACCUUUAAUCUUUAUUUAUCUCUUACACCGAGCAAUAAUAUGUAAGAAAUUUUACGAACAUAGAUAAAAUAACUGCUGAUAGUGAGCUAUGAUCGUUCUUUCAAUAGGAAAAAAUAUCCCAACUUUAAUAGUCGAUCUCUACCGUCUGGCUGAGGCCAGUAUAAAAAGACGCUCAGGACAGUUGACAGAACGCUGCUGCGUGUCGUCGUGAAAGCGUAUAAUUUUCACGUUAUUAAGCCUUGCCACUCUGCAAAUGUAACCAUUCAAAAGACUUUAAAGCAUUCAAACACAAGACUCGGAAAAGCUGAACUGAAUAGCUGGUUACUCGUGUGCUGUGCUGUCAGUCAGUUAUGUCUUAAGUUAAAGUAAACAGUUGAGAAAAAAAAUCGUAUUUGUAUUAUAUUGUAUGCAUUCAUUGUCUCUUAAAGUGACCGCGCAUUAUAGGGCUUGGGCGCCGCGUUGC